AGUCGGAAAAGGCGAGCCAAGCCGGGGGUGGCGUAGCCUUGGACUUCGAGCCAAAAAUGGACACGAUAUUGAAUGACCCUUCUAAUCGGCGAUAAAUCAUCACUUGACUGAGGAUCAACUCAAAGCCAAGGACCGUAGCAUCUCCAUCAUUCUACAUCGCCACGAUGGUUAUCCAGCAAAUGGCGGAACUGCUGGUAUCAUCCGACAAUUCGUUUGCAGCGGGAGUUGGGCAAUGCCUCCAGGCAUUCAUGGCAGCAUCGAGCACGAAUGCCCAGGCAGCGCCUAUCAUGGUUACGUUUGGGAAUCGCACGAUGGCAUUCGGGAAGAAAAAAAUGGCGAGCAUGACUGGUCGCGUAAGUAUUCGAACCUGCUGUCUCCUUUCUGACUCCUUCGUGACCGUGCCGCAGAACGCAUUCAUAUACAUUAAAAGCAAAUUCGGGCUGCUGAAUGCAACUACGCCUCUGUACCUCCAUGCUGUUUUUCCAGGGGGGCCGGAUGAGGAAGAAAAAUAUGUUGAGGUAGACUUGGAAGCUUUUGAAGAGCUUGUGGUGCACAUUUCGAAAUUGCGCAUUAUGACCUAGAUGAAAGAAUUCUAGUGUUAUUGACGGCCGUGUUGGUUACGUAACAUUUCUACAUGUGGUGUUGCCUCGUUUCAAUCGCCUCUGAACACCGUACAUCAAGCUUACCGCAGACUCACCCAUCCAGAACUUGUUCUUUUCCUCAAGCUACGAAAUUUGCCCGCUUCUGGCU